AUGGAUUGGAAUAAUAUUUUAAUAAGAAAUAUAGAAUAUAUCAAAGCUAAGAAUAAAAUAAAGACCCAAGUUGAAAAUAACAGAUUACAACAACUCGGAUUAACAGAAAAUCUACAAACUCUAUUUCAACCCAUAUUAAAAUCUCAAGAGGAUAUUAAAAGGAAAUUAGCUUUAGAAUAUAAACCUCCUAUAGAACCCACACCUCAUAUAGAACCUCAUCACCCCAAACCGAUUGAAUAUGGUGGUAUUAUAAUUAGGACAUUAGAUGAUAUUAAUAGUCUUUUUUCAAACCCUAAAGCAGAUUUACCAAAGAGUAUUUCACCAAUCGUUGAUAAUCAAGGUUUAUUGUUUAAUGGAUUAAGAAUAAUAUUUAGUCCAAAUUUUCCUUUAUUCAAAAUCGAUACAAAAGACUUUAUAUUAACAUUAACGAGAGGAUUAAUAGAUUUAAUGAAUGGCGAGGAUGUUGAUUAUGAGUACGAACUCAAUCGCAAUCAAGAAUAUGAAUUGGGAUUAAAGUAUUUCUCUGUUUACAAUUCCAUUAGAAAUAUCAACGAAAAAUAUAACCAACUAAAAAUAUCAACAGAUAAUGGAGUUACGUUCAAAACCAUACGUUUACUACCAGGAAGCUACGAAUACAUAGCCAUUAACGAAUACCUAUCUGAAUAUGGAGGAAGUGUCAAUGGUAAAAACAAUAUUGAAUUCGAAGGUAAUUUGAAUCUGAACAAAAUAAAAUUGAUAUUAAGAAAUAAUAGUCAAGUUGAUUUCAACGUAGAAAAUUCAUUGAAUACGUUACUAGGAUUUGAUAAACGACUAUACACCCAAUCCACUUUAGCACCACACAAAGCUAAUAUCGAGAAUGAUAUCGAUGUGAUAAAUAUACAUUGCAAUUUGAUAAACAAUAAAUACAAACGUCAGAUUAUUUACAGUCUUCCAACAUUCACUGUACCUAUAGGAUAUAGACUUAUAGAGAAACCAUUUCAAUCGACGUAUUUACCACUUAAUUCCUUUAUGAUUGAAGAUAUAAAUCUGGAAAUCAAAGAUGGUAAAAAUAGGUUUAUAGAUUUUGGUAACGAGGAAAUUGUUAUUCAACUUCAUUUAAAACAAAAGAACUAA